AUGGAAGAGCAACGGGAUUCUAACAGCACGGACUGUAGCACGGAUGACAGUGUAGCUCUAUCUCCUAGUUUGCCUUCGCCGCCGCUUCUUCCCCUUCAAGCGGCGCAUCAAGCUCAGAGAACCACAAACUUCUUUAUCGACAACAUCCUUCGUCCGGACUUCGGUUGCCGGAAAGAAUUAAGUUUUAACGGUAGGGACCGAGUUCAGGUGUCGCAUACAGACGGUCUCCAACUGUUAGACACCAGGCCGACUCAUUCGAGCACACUUUGUCAGGACUCAAACUGCAGUUCCGACAGCACUUCCUCCACCACAACCUUCCCCUCACUCUCACCCCCUUCUUCUAGUCGGAAUGAGAACAAGACAGAGGAGGCCAGCGAAGUUAACACAGCGAAGCACGGGAGUGAUACGACUCCAGUCAAGGUCUUGAAUGGCAGUAAUGCUGGUGCAACACCCAACAAAACGCAGCCGCUGCUCUGGCCCGCAUGGGUAUAUUGCACCAGAUAUUCAGACCGGCCGUCAUCUGGCCCAAGGAUCCGGAAAUUGAAAAAGAAAAAAAGCAGCACAGAAGACAAACGACCCAGAACGGCAUUCACGGCUGAACAGCUACAAAGACUGAAAACCGAGUUUCAGGCCAACCGUUACAUCACUGAGCAGCGGCGGCAAACGCUAGCGCUCGAACUCAAUCUCAACGAGUCGCAGAUUAAAAUAUGGUUUCAGAACAAACGGGCGAAAAUCAAAAAAUCCACUGGUGUAAAAAAUGGUCUUGCUCUCCAGCUAAUGGCACAAGGACUGUACAAUCAUUCCACGACCACCAUUCAAGAAGAGAAAGAAGAAAGCGAUUAG